AUGCUUUGGGGAGACAUUGUAGACAAGCUAGCAUUUCAAAGAGCACUGCGGUCACACCAAGAUCAUGCCGACCUCCGCGGAUAUCCACUGUUUCUCCUUCAAAAGCCGACGAUUCACAAUUUCUGGGACAAAAUCUACUUCAUGCACUGGACAUUGGUGGAGGAACUGGCCGAGCCGGAAGAACAACGACGGAGAUGGUUGCUAUGGUUUGAUGCCGACUCCCUCAUCCUCAACCCUUCUGCGGGACUGGAGACGUUCUUGCCACCGGAAAAUAUGUCUCAGAUUCAAUUCAUCUGCACCAAAGAUCUCAACGGCCUUAACAGUGGAGUCUUCCUGUUCCGAGUCUCACUGCUGACAGCAUACUACAUGGCCAAAAUCAUGGCGUAUUCUAUGACCCAUCCACACAUCGAUUUGCCGAAAAUGGUGGCCCGAUCAAAGAGCCAUGGAAUUGGUCUUCAACGAGACCGAGUACAGAGACCACGUUGUCUUCGUGCCAAAGCGUUGGAUCAACGGCUACGCGGGGGAUGUGCAAACUGGUGA